CCUUCACUGUAUAACUUUUUUACCGUCUAUUAGAUGCCUCCAACCUGUGUUCCACUCCAAUUAAUGGUUUGGCUCUGUGGGCUCUGAUCUUCUCAGCGGUCACCCAUUCUAAUCAUACGAGGCUCCCAAAGAACUCCGCCGCCUCAACGCCCUAGCCGCCGCCAACACUCCACCGCCGUAAUGGAACAUAUUCCUUUUCCCCUCUCUGCUCCUCUACUUUUACAACUUACUCUGCUUUUCUCAGUGAUAUUCUGCCCGGCGAGGGUGAUUUGCAUUGGAGUCAACUACGGGCAGAUUGCGAACAACCUGCCGGCGCCGGAAAAUGCAGUUCAGCUAGUAAAGUGCAUCGGAGCAACAAAAGUCAAGCUUUACGAUGCAGAUCCGAAAGUGCUCACUGCUUUUGCCCACACUUCCGUGGAGCUGAUAGUCAGCAUCGGCAAUGAACACCUGCCGGAGAUGUCGGACUGUGAUAAAGCCAGAGCCUGGGUGUUGCAAAAUGUGAGCCCAUAUCUGCCGGCGACAAAAAUUACCAGUAUCAUAGUCGGAAACGAAGCUCUAACCACCGGCAACGCCAGUCUCCUCUUUCCGGCAAUGAAGAACGUUUACGACGCGCUCUUAAAACUGAAUCUCCAAAACCAGAUCCAAGUCACCACCGCCCACUCCCUCGCCGUGCUGGAUGAGUCGUACCCGCCGUCGGCCGGGACGUUCAAGUCAAACCUAACCCACUACAUUUGCGAAAUCCUCGAAUUCAGUAAUAUAACCGGGGCUCCGGUUCUCAUCAACGCCUACCCGUAUUUCGCUUACCAGGCCGACCCGGCAAAUGUGCGGCUCGAAUACGCGCUGUUCCAGCCGAAUCCAGGGACGAACGACGCCGGAAACAGAAAUGUCCACUACGACAACCUCCUCUUUGCCCAGAUUGACGCCGUCUACGCGGCGGCGGCGAAAAUGGGGUACCCUAACGUGUGCGUGCAGGUGUCGGAGACGGGUUGGCCGUCGAAGGGGGGCCCCACCGAGGCAGCCGCGACGAAGCAGAACGCCAUGACCUACAAUCGGAACCUCCUGAAUCUCGCUGCAAACAGGGGGAGGACUCCAUUGAGUCCGGGGAGGUGUAAUUUGGAAGUUUCCGUGUUUGCGUUGUUCAAUGAGAACCAGAAGCCCGGCCCGCUCUCGGAGCAGAACUACGGACUAUUCAACGCCGACGGAUCGCCGGCGUAUCAGAUUGGAUCUUCCGCCUGCGGAAACACGAAUAGGUCAAUCGGUUCUGGACCUGUCUCUGGUAUUUAUCCGCCGACGACUUUAUCUCCGAUGGCAGGGAGCCCCGGGAACGUCUAUCCACCGAUUUCUGCCGACGCGGUGAG